CUGACAACGGCAACGGCUGUGCAGCACUCCAGAGCAGAGCACAAGAUCAAAAAAAAUCACAAAUAAUCGAGCCGAAAGCCAAGCAAAUACUUUCAAUUACCGUUACACACUCCGAUAGUCGAGAUCGAAAUUGAACACGUCUGCGCUGUGCCUCAACAAAACAUAUAUGUACAUAUAUAUAACAGUUUGUUUUUGUUUUCGUUCUACCCAUUGUUAUUUUUUUUACACUUUCGUUGUUUCCAAUUCGAAUAACCGCCAAUUUUCAAAGUUGACGCGGUCUCAGUUCCCAAUCGGCAGCUCAGCGAAGCGCAUCGAAUGCAAAGUGAAGUUCAUUGAAAAAUAAUCGAAAUUGAAAAAACCCAAAGGACACUACCAACAAAAAUCAAACAAAGUGCAACUGAGUCAAAAGUAACAUAUAAUAAUAUAAAAAAAAAAAAAAAUAUAUUUAGGUGCAAGCUGCAAGCUAGGACCAGACGGCCCGCACAACAUGCCACAGCAGCCGCUGCAGUCGAAAUCGCAGCUCAGAUAAGGAACUUCUCUACCUAAGAGAGAGAGAGAGAGAUAAAGAGAGAGAGAGAGAGAGAGACACACACACAUACACCUUGAGCAGCAGCCACAGCGGUCGAGAUUAAGACAAACGCCGCAGGGCAGUGAGCCAGUCACACACACACACACACACACACACACACGUACAUUCCACAGGAUAAGGUCACAAAAUGGUGCACGGACCGCCAGCACGCAGAAAAUCCCAACAGACGCAGCAGCAUCAGCAGCCGGGCAAUGGGAAUGGGCAAUGCGAAAUGGAUAUGGAUCCGUUGCCAACGCCCCCAGAUGGCGGCUGGGGCUGGGUUGUGGUCUUUGGCUCGUUUAUGAUUCACAUAGUCACCGACGGCAUGACCUACUCCUUUGGCAUAUUCUACAAUGAGUUUCUCACGUACUUCAAUGAGGGCAAGGGCUACACCGCCUGGAUAGCAUCCAUAAUGGUGGGCGUUACCUUUUCAUCGGGUCCCAUCAGCUCCUCGUUUGUGAAUCGCUAUGGCUGUCGACCGGUGACCAUUGCGGGCGCCAUUCUGGCGGCCGGCUGCAUAAUUGUCAGCAUGUUUGCCCAGAAUGUGGCCACGCUGAUAGUGACCAUUGGCUUCGGCACUGGCUUGGGCUUUGGGCUCAUCUAUUUGCCGGCCAUUGUCAGCGUAACGCAAUACUUUGAGGCGCGCCGUUCCCUGGCCACGGGCAUUGCUGUAUGCGGCUCCGGCUUUGGCACCUUUGUCUUUGCCCCGCUGACGGAGCUGCUGAUUAAGAGCUAUGGCUGGCGCGGCGCAAUGCUCAUCAUUGGCGGCGUGGUGCUCAAUUGCAUUAUAUUCGGCGCCAUGUUCCGGCCACUGGAGGCGCCGCGCACCAAAGUGACCAAGCUGGCAAAGAAAUCGACGAUCAUGGAUCAAAAUGUAACGCCCGCCGAACUGGAGCCGCUCAAGGCUCAAGUCGCCGGAGUGAAGCCAACGUCAACGGAUCAGUAUCUGCAGCUGCCGCCGCGACCCGAUUCGGCUAGCGCCGUCGGCGGCGGGCUAUGUCGCUCCAACAGCGUUGGGCAUAAUCUCAAGCCCAGUUUGAACAACAACUCGAACGGCCUGCUCAAUGGCCAGGCCGUCAAUGGCCCGACGACGACAACGGUGGUGAAGAGCACCAGCAACGAUGACUUCGGCCGGACAUUUGCCAGCCAGCCGCAGCUGAUGCCGCUGCGCGAGACGCACCGGGAGCGCAGCGCCAGCGGCACCAUGUACCGCCCGGACGCACUCUAUCAGGGCUCGCUGCACAAUAUACCGGAGUACGCCAGCUCACGGAAUGAUCUGUCGCAUUCGCGCACCGGUUCCGGCAUCAUCAAGCGCUAUGGCUCCCUAAGACAGAGUCAUCCGCUCGCCCAGAGUCAGGAGGUGACCAAAUGCUGCGGCUGCAUCAGCUGCUCCAAGGAGACGCGCGAUACGUUCGCGGAAAUGAUGAACUUCUCGCUGCUGAAGGACAUGAUCUUUGUGAUCUUCUCCGUAUCAAAUUUCUGCACAAGCAUCGGCUUCAAUGUGCCCUAUCUGUACGUGGUCUCCCAAGCGGAAACGCUGAACAUUAGCAAAUCGAAGGCGAGCUAUCUGAUUGCCUCGAUCGGCGUGGCCAAUACCAUUGGACGCAUCAUACUGGGCUACAUAGCGGACAAGCCGUGGGUGAAUCGCCUGCUCGACAAUGUGUGCCUCACCGCCUGCGGCAUUGCCACGGCGAUGGUUCCGCUGUGCGUGGACUACUACUCGCUGCUCAUCUACUGCUCCGUCUUCGGUUUCACCAUUGGCGCCUAUGUGGGCCUGACCUCGGUCAUAUUGGUGGAUCUGCUGGGCCUGGAGAAGCUGACCAAUGCCUUCGGGCUGCUGUUGCUCUUCCAGGGCAUCGCUAGCUUCAUUGGACCGCCCAUUGGGGGCUGGAUGUACGACAUAACCGGCUCCUAUUCGCCGGCCUUCCUCAUGGCUGGCCUGAUGAUCGCCAUCAGUGGGCUGGUCAUGUUUGCCAUUCCCCCGCUGCAGCGCUAUCAGGAGCACCAGGCCGAGCAGAAGUACAAUUCCGAGCAGCUGGCGCUCAGUUAGCUUCAUCCAUCGGCGGCUGGGAUGGGCAGGAACGGGGGCAGGGCAGGUCAGGGCAGGUCAGGGCAGGGCAAUGUUCGACUUUGUU